AUGUCAAAAUACCGAAGCACUCCCCUCUACGGCGGAGCCAUCACCUGCGACUUGCCCAAACACUUUGCAGAUGUCAGCAAACUGAGACAAGUCCCCGACAACCAAGAAGUAUGGAUCGACAAGGACGGCUUCACCAGCAUCAUCUUCGAGAUCACAGAGCGCGUUGGAGGCCCCGGAUCCGGCCCCGAGAUUGACGGCCGCGCCAUGACCACACAUCUGGAAGACAUGGUCGGCUCCGACAUCAACACGGUCAAGAUCUGGAACACAGCCGAGACUGAAUUCUCGCGCAUGCAAGAGUUGAAACACCCCGCAUACACUCUCAUCGCAACGCAGACCCCCAACGCCGGCCACUCCAGCGACCAAAACUCAGCUCCAGACUUCACGGCCCUCACCAUGACUCUGCUGCGCCUUGAAGAGCAAGACACGGACAUUCUUAUUACCAUCAACGUGCCUCACAUCAGAGGAGAGUACGACGCCGAGGAGGUUGAUCUGGAGCUGGGCAAGCAGGGCAAGCUUAUCGGAGACGCUGUUGAGAUUGCGGCCCGCAUCUGGGAAACUUUUGUCAUCAAGGACUGGGGGCUUUUUGGCGAGUCCAAGAACCAUUAA